CCAUGCCGGGGCCGCGGGGCCGCCUCCCGCUGCUGCUGCUGCUGCUGCUGCCGCCGCUGCUCCCGGCGGCACCGGCGCCCCAGAGCUGCCUGGGCAGGCAGCAGCUCCUGCCCAUCAUCCGGCAGAUGCAGCAGCUGCUGAAGGGGCAGGAGACGCGGUUUGCCGAGAGCCUGCGCCUGAUGAAGAGCCGCCUGAGCAGCCUGCACGCCUCCCUGGCCAGAGCCACCCCCGAGCCGCCCGCCGCCUCCUGCCCUGCCCCGCAGGCCCCUGCCAACGGGAAGAAGUUUGGCACCAAGUAUUUGGUGGAGCACGAGGUUCACUUCACCUGCGAGCCGGGGUUCGAGCUGCUGGGCUCCAGCACUCGGACGUGCCAGGCCAACGGCAGCUGGAGCGGGCAGGAGCCGCGCUGCACAGAGAUCAGCGAGUGCUCGAGCAGCCCCUGCCAGAACGGUGGCACAUGCCUGGAGGGGCUGAACCACUACAAGUGCCUCUGUCCCCAGCAGUGGACUGGAGCCACCUGCCAGUACCAGGCGCAGACGGCUCCCCCAGCCUGGAGCGUGACGGAUGACCCGGCGUUCCGGCGGCAGCCGCGCUGCGCGCAGACGGAGCAAGCCCAGCACUGCAGCUGCGAGCCCGGCUUCCACAUGAGCGGCACGGCAGCCAACGGCCUCUGCCAGGACCUCAACGAGUGCGAGGUGUACAAGCGCGAGGGGGGGCCCCGGCUCUGCGCCCACGCCUGCGUCAACCUCCCCGGCUCCUACCGCUGCGCCUGCCCCGGUGGCUACGUCCUGCUGGGUGACGGCAAGAGCUGCGAAGACAUCGACGAGUGCGCCCUGUCCCAGGAUAACUGCACGAGGGGCACCACCUGCAUCAACACCGGGGGCGGCUUCCAGUGCGUCAGCCCCCAGUGCCCCUCGCCCGCCGGCAACGUCACCUACGUCAAGACGUCACCCUUCCAGUGCGAGCGCAACCCCUGCCCGAUGGAGAGCCGCUCGUGUCACCAGGCGCCCAAGACCAUCUCGUUCCACUACCUGCCGCUGCCGUCCAAGCUGCUGGCGCCCACGCCGCUGUUCCGCAUGGCCACGGCGCCGGGCAGGGCAGGGCCCGACAGCCUGCGCUUCGGCAUCGCGGGCGGCAGCGGCAGCCGCGGCCACUUCGUCAUGCAGCGCUCGGACCGGCACACGGGCGAGCUGGUCCUGGUGCAGAGCCUCCAGGGGCCACAGACCGUCCAGGUGGACGUGGACAUGUCCGAGUACCUGGACCGUGUCUUCCAGGCCAAGCACGUGUCCAAAAUCACCAUCUUUGUCUCCGCCUAUGAGUUUUAAGGGGAGCGGGGCUGCCCCGCCGGCCGCGGCGCCCCGCUCGGCAUCCGCAGGCGUGCGACGGAGCUCCAGCUGACACCCCACGCCCAAGCCUCCCUGCAGCCAAGCAGCCUCCCCUCUUCCUGAAGAUUAUCCUGCCCUGGCAGCUUCUACACUCACCCACCUCAGGGGGGGAAACACAAGCAAAUGGAGAGUGAAAGGGAUGGGGCGCAGGGGUUAAAUGCUCACCCAGCUGCGGGAGCCCAGCAGCGUCCUCCCCCGAGGCUCCAGAAGGAUGAUGUCCCUGCCUGGUGCAGGAAACAGCAGAUAGAAACCACAGCCCUCAUUCCCCUUAACUUUUGUUUAGGAAGUCAGUUAACUGGUGCAUGCAGGAGGGAGCCUCUCCUCCCUGCCAGCCCGGCCCUGCUUGCACUGACCUCAGCCCCGUGCACAAAACACACCCCCACUCCCCUUUGGAUGCUGAGAAAAGCCACGGGGAAGGGUCUGGCCGGGUGUCUUGGUGCGCUGGGACCAGAUGAGAUCCACAGCCUGGGUUUGUGCGCCCUGCAUGUUAGCCACAGCACCCUGACGUUAUGCAUGUGUCUCAUUACGCUGGUGUUAGUACAAUUAAAGGAUGAU